AAUCCGAGCUAGAAUUUAUGCUAAACGAAGGAUCAUAACAACUUUUUGUUUCUUGUUGACAUAAUAAAGUUACACACAGAUGCGUAUCCGAACUGCAUCUACAAGCGGCGUAGUGUAAUCAACUAGUGCAAAACUGAUGUGUUCUUAAAUACGGAUGGGUAUCUUGUUCAAUGUGUUGAUGAGAAAAGUUGCCCAAAGUAAGUUUAUGUAAGGAAUGUCAAAUGCAUAAAAAAAAAGCUGGAAAUAGAAUGAGAAGAAGAAGAGUAACACAAAGAGACGGCCAACAGUGAAUAUAUAAUAUUUAAUGCGCAGUUUGCUAAUCCAAUAUUUUCCAAAAAAUAAUCUGAAAAUGUCAUCCAAUAAUCGUGAAUUUGUGAAGUAUAUCGGCGAUUCUCUAUUCCGAACGAAAGUUUUCGAUAGUUCAAGUAAAGGAUGUCAUUCGUUCAAAGUCAAUAAUUGUUACUUCGGAGAAAAUUCCUUUAUAACAUAUUGGACGUUCAACGUUGACGAAAUCCGUGAUAAAUGUCCGAUUUCAUGUCCAAAUAUAGGAAUGCACUAUUGGAACAAUUUGAAAUCGAAAAAUGGUUGGGCGGUGGGAGCUUUGGUGAUGUUUUUCAAGCAAAAUAUCACACUGAUCAACGACCGUACGCCAUAAAAUUUAUUGAAAUACCCCAGAAUGAUAAGAAAGAUUUGGAGCAUAUGGAACGUGAGGUGGAGAUAUUGAGGAGCAUUAAUUAUCGCUACAUUGUGCGUUACAUCACCAGCUGGAAGCAAUUCGUCAAUUUUACGGAACUAAAUAAAUAUACCGACGAAGAGGAGCCGAUUUCAUCAGACUCUGAUUCUAAAAACGAAGCACAGUUGGGUCCAAUUCGAAAUACAAUGGUCAUUCAAAUGGAAUUAUGUUCGAAAAAUCUUAGGGCUUUGAUCAAUGAGAAUCUUUCUCAAAAACAUGCUUGGAGAAUUUUUUCGCAGAUAUGUUUGGCUCUUCAUCAUUUGCAGAAAAAGAACAUCAUUCACAGAGAUUUAAAGCCGGAAAAUAUAUUGAUUGAUUGGUCGGGUAAUGUGAAAAUUACCGAUUUCGGUUUGGCCACGACAACUGCAUUGAUUUUGCAACAACAACAACGAGCCUAUCGCACUCCAAGCAGUGCCAAAACUCGUAGUUCACAAACCGGCCCAGUCGGGACAUCGUACUAUUCUGCGCCAGAGUUAUCGAAUGUAUCUGCAUCAAAUACGAUUUAUUCUGUAAAAGCAGAUAUAUACUCAUUCGGCAUUAUCUUUUUGGAGAUGUGCCAUGGACGUUUUGAUACAGGAAUGGAGCGAGACAUAGUGCUAAGAAAGGUGCGCGACAGUCUCAUCAUUCCGGAUAAAUUGAAAGAGGACAAAUACAAAGUCCAGCUUCAAGCAAUUCUGCGAAUGCUGGACCAUGAUCAACAGCAACGCCCAUAUGCAAAAGUACUUUGGCAAUGUCAUCGUAGGCGCUACUUGAGAUCGAAAUAUUUCAAAUCUAAUAACGCAUAAUUGUGCACAACCAUUUUGUCUCCAAUUAUGUCAAAAUUCUUAUUUCUAUAACUGAUUCUGAUCAAACAAGAACAAUAUCACUUCUUAUGAUUUCGAAUAUAUCAACAUACGAAUCUGAAAUGAACUCAGAUGAUUUUGGGUUAACCACGGAAAAAGGGAAUCGAAACACCUAUUGACAUAAAUUCAGACAUUAUAUUGAGACAUUUGAUCUAAUCUAAAUAUCUCAAUAUAAUGUCUGCAUAAAUUAAACAUAACUUUUUGUAUUGCCUGUAUUGUUUGG